UACUCUUGCAACCUUGCUCAGAAAAACACAGUCAUUAUGGCGAGCGGGAAGGUUGUAUUUGCUGUGUCUGUAGUGUUACUAGUAGUGGGACUCGUGGUUGGGAUUCUACUUGGACAUUACGUGACUGCUCCCGCAGCAGGAGGUAAUAAACCCCCGAGCGGGAGUUCCGAACCUACGGUACCAAAGAGCUACCAGGAUGCGGUGAGGAAACCGGAUUCCAGUAUAAGUGGACGGCUUAUCAAUGGCAUAAACCCGGACAAAAUCAGAGACAAUCUCGAAUAUCUAUCUGCGAAGUCACAUGUAGCUGGCAGUGCGGUCAGUCUAGAACAGGCAAAAUGGAUACGAGAUUCAUGGUUGGAGCAAGGGCUGGACAAGGCCGAGUUGACAAACUACAAUGUUUUACUCUCUUAUCCACCGGAGAAGAACGACUCUCAACAAAACAGGAUUGAACUAUUGACGUCAUCCGGAGGUGCUGUUGAGUUUACCACUCAGUUACGGGAACCCCCCCUGGACCCAGAUACAGACACCCCAGUGGGAGAUCCGGACAUCUUGGCACCAUUCAAUGCAUACUCAGGAAGUGGUGAAAUUGAGGGAGAUCUUGUGUAUGUGAACUACGGUCGGGUUGAAGACUUCCAUAAGUUAGAAAGAGAACUUAACAUAAGUGUCAUCGGUAAAAUAUGUAUUGCUCGCUAUGGAAAGAUUUUCAGGGGAACAAAGGCUGCUUUUGCAGAGAAAUCUGGUUGUCUUGGGUUGAUUCUUUACAGCGAUCCAUUAGAUUAUACAGUAGCAGGGGAACCCGUGUAUCCAGAUGGUAUCUACCUACCAGGAACUGGAACACAAAGAGGCACACUUAUGUCUGGUACUGGUGACCCCUUGACCCCUGGAUACCCUGCCAUUGAUUCUGCAUACCGUACCCCGAUAAAUGAGACCAAUCUACCCAACAUUCCGGUUCAUCCCAUAGGGUACAAUGAUGCUGCACAUUUCCUCGGGAUUAUGGGUGGUGAAGAAACAAGUGCAGACUGGGCAGGGAGCAUAUCUAAUGUCACCUACAGGUAUGGACCUGGAUUCAAUGCUACAAACCAAGACAAGAAAGUGGCGAUGAGGAUUUUCACCGAGAACCGAAUGGCUAACGCCUACAACACCAUCGGGACAAUCAGAGGCAGUGUUGAACCAGAUCGUUAUGUGAUUAUUGGCAACCAUCGUGAUGCGUGGGGAUAUGGUGCCGUGGAUCCGUCCAGCGGUACAGCCUGUAUGAUGGAAAUCAGUCGUAUCUUUGGCUCCUUCGUGAAGGAUGGUUGGAGACCAAGACGCACCAUCAUGUUUGCCAGUUGGGGAGCUGAGGAGUAUGGGCUCAUUGGAUCAAAUGAAUGGGUUGAGGAAUAUAUUCAAAAACUAGGAGGCAGAGCUGUGGCAUAUCUCAAUGUAGACACUGCUGUAAUAGGUACUUACAUCCUUGGGGCUUUCGGAACGCCAAACUUGCACAAAACAAUCUAUCAGGCUGCUCAGAAGAUUCCUGACCCGAACCCAGAGGGCACACGCAUGACCGUUUAUGACACGUGGAAAGAGAGAGACUUCUUUGGUAAUACCAUCGAUGGAAAUCCAACUGUUGGCGAUCUUGGAUCAGGCAGUGAUUAUGCAUCUUUCCUUCAGCUUGCUGGUAUCUCAGCAAUCGACCUCAGAUACACUUUUGAUCGGAUUAGUACUCCGAUUCCUGCCUUCUACCCAUUAUACCACUCCGUCUAUGAGACCUUCACGUUGGUGGACAGAUACCUCGAUCCUGGUUUUAAGUAUCACAAAGCAAUGUCGCAGCUUAUGGGAGAGAUUGCUCGUAACUUAGCAGAGUCUAUCCUACUCCCUAUGGAUGUUGGGGUGUAUGCUGAAUACGUCAAGGGAUAUUAUGAGAGUCUCCGCCAGGGAAACAUUGGCCAAAGACUCACCCAAGAAGGAAUUUCACUGGCUGAUAUGCAGGAUGCUGUGAAUGAGUUAUCUGAGGCUGCUAAUGCAUUUGUACGGAGAGUUGACGCAGCUGACAGGACUGAUGUUCUCCAGGUGCGAAUGUUGAAUGACCAAAUGCACAGGUUCGAGAGAGCCUUUGUUGACCCUCAAGGUCUUCCGGGUCGCCCCUUUGUCAGACAUAUUGUGUUUGCGCCAAGCAGCAGGGAUGCCUACUCUAACGACAAAUUCCCUGGCAUUGUAGACACCAUGUUCGACAUCGACAAGAAUCCAGACCCUGAGAAAUGGAAUCAUGUCAAAAAGCAGUUAUCUGUUGCCAUCUUCACCAUCAAAUCAGCAGCAAGUGUUCUACUGGAAGUGGCUUAAUUUUUCAACAAGGUUUUUCCCCAACUUUAUUGCCUCAAAACAUUCGUAAAACAAUAUCCUAGAAAGUUUUCGGUUAAGAUUCUGAUUAACAGUAACAAAACAAAAGCAUCAAAGCAGUGAUAUAAUAUUUGAAAGGGAUAUUUUUUCGGGGGUUGAUUUCUCAAAGGAAAGAUAGUCCUAACUUUGGACUAGUUCUUGGAGUUAUUGAAAACUUGUGGCUAGUGCAUAAGAACGAGUAGACCAACUCGUCCUAACUCGAGAUAAGAGUAGUCUUAAUUGUUUGUGAAAUCUACCACUGAUCCGUAUGUAUUUGUACCAAUGUCAAUAAGUAUUUCUGAUUAUGACUGAGAUAUAACUUUCAUUUGAUGUACACUCAUGUAUUGCUUUUACAGUUUUUUAAGAAUUACGAAAUGGGUGUUGUGAAUUUUUUAAUCAAGUCAAAUAUAUCUGUCUACGUAGUAUACGACUUUAGAAACCUACUAUUAUGCAAAUAAAUGUUACUUUAUAACA